AUGGCUUCUGCUACAAAUGCAAAUGGUUCUACAGACGCUUCCACAUCUGUGAAUCCAUCUUAUUCUUCACAAGACUCUCCAAUGGAUGACCCUCUGUUCUUGCAUCACGUAGAGAAUCCAAGUCUGGUUCUUGUCACACAACCAUUGAUAGGUAGAGAAAAUUAUGUAGCUUGGGCUCGUGCAGUGAGAAAAGCUUUACUCACUAAGAAUAAAUUAGGGUUCAUUGAUGGGACUUUGACUCUCUCAUCACCAUUGGUGUCAACUCCUUCGAAUGUGCAAGCUUGGAUAAGGUGUGACAACAUGGUUAGCACAUGGCUAACCAAUUCAGUUUCACCAAAGCUCCAAGCACGCAUCAUUUAUGAUGACACUACCUUAGAAAUCUGGAAUGACUUGAAGAAUCGUUCUGCUCAGACCAAUGGACCUAGAGUUUUCAAUCUUCAAAAGGACAUAGUAGAGUUUCAUCAAGGUGAGAUGUCUGUCACUGACUUCUUUACUCAGUUGAAGGUGUUUUGGGAUCAAUUGCAGAACCUUAGUCCAUUUCCUUCUUGUACUUGUGGAGAGACACAAAGAUCAGUGCCUAAUGCCUUUUUGGCUAAGGUUGAUUCCACUGCUUUAGCUGCUAAGUUGUCCAAUGAGCAUCUUGGUCCAACUCUUGGUAGUUCUAGUGGCAAAGGGAAGGAGAGACCAACUUGUACAUAUUGUGGCAAAACUUGUCAUAUAGUGGAUAAAUGCUAUAAAAAGCAUGGUUUUUCACCAGGCUUUAAGUUCAAGAACAAGCCCUCUAUGGCUCACCAACUUUUUGAUUUGUUUGGAGCUUCCACUUCAUCCCUUGCACCUUCUACUCCAGUUAAAGAUGCUUCAAUGGCUAAUGUAGCAUCAUCUUCUGCUUUUGCCAGUGCCCCGAUGUCAGUUGAUCUAUUAACUUCAAUUACUGCUACUAUACAAUCUUUGGUUCAGUUGCCUAAUGAGGAAUCAACUCAAGUCACUCACAUUGGCAUUGUUGUUCUUUCUUCUUCACUUACUUUCACUAAUGACCUUUUAUCAUGGAAAAUGAUUGGGGUGGGCAAGGCUGUUGAUGGCUUGUACUUGUUGCAAUGUGAUAGUCUCCAGCACAUUCCUCCUUCCUCACUUGUUGAUUACUUAAGCAAUCACAAGUUCAAUGCUUCUUUUCUUCCUUUCUCUGCAACAACUUCUACAAGUUUUGGACCUUAUUCCAUUCCUACUUUAGAUGGUUACAAAUAUUUCUUGACAAUUGUGGAUGAUGCAACCCAAGCCACUUGGCUAUUCAUAAUGAAAUCCAAAUCUGAUGUUAGGCCUUUGUUUCAAUCUUUUUAUACUAUGGUUGCCACACAGUUUAGUCAAAAUAUUAAGUCCAUUAGAAUUAACAAUGCCAAAGAAUUUGACAUGGAUGUAGUGUUUCAUGAGUCUGUUUUUCCUUAUGUUUCUUCUUCCAAUGGUUCUAUUUCUUCCAAUCCUUUACCUUUGCCUUGUGCUUCUCCUGUUCCUUCUUUGCAUGAUGAUCCUCUUCUGUCCAAGAAUAAUACUCUUAUUCUUACUCCUCAUUCCAUUAUUCAAGUUCAUCAUACUAUUGAUGAUGAUUUUCUUGAUGAAGUCCCAGAUGCACCUCCUGAUCCCAUUGCAAACCCUAUUCCUCUUAGAAGGUCUAAUAGGUCUGUUAAAAGACCUUCUUACUUGUAG